AUGAUGCAGAAGGACGCUAGCCUGUGGAGCCCCAGCAUGCUCACGGGCUCCACUGGGACGUCGGGAGCCACGGCGAACCCCAGCAGCCGCGCUGCAGCAGGAAUAACCAGCAGCACGUCCGCACCGGUCAUGAGCACCAGCAACACUAGCUACGCCUUCAUGUCAUCGGCUGCCUCGUCGAUGCUCGUGCAGGGCGGCACCAACGGCCUGAGUAACACCCCCGCCGCGCUGAUGCCAGCGACAGUCAGCCACGAACGCUCGCAGGAGUUGUGCAAGUACUUCCUCAACGGCGGCUGCCUCCGCGGAGCGCAGUGUCAGUACCUCCAUGAGCUACCAGACGAGCGGCACCUUGACGUGAACGGCUACGGGUACAUUCUCAACCCCAACGUGCACAACGCGCAGAAGACCCUUCCUCUAGCAGUCAGCAGCACCGUGACAGGGGCCGUGCAGGUGAACGGCGGUGCCCCGGCGUCCUCACCAUUGAUGCUGGGCCUUAAUACAGGUGGCGGCAGUGGUGGUGGUGGUGGUGGUAGUAGUAGGCAGUCUCAUGGUGCGAAGAGCAAACCGCAGACGUCCUUCAUGGUUCCUGUCCCGACGCAUCUGCAGUUUCAGCUGUCUUCCUCAACUGUUAAGGCGCCGCCGCCGAGGUACCGUCCGCCAGAGCCAUUCUUAGAGUACAACCUGCCACCCACUCUGGCACUGCCGUUUAACACGCCUUCAAAGGAAGUGGCCUUCCAGCUUUCGCGCACAAUGCUCCAGAACUGA